ACACACAUACACACACAAUCCUGCCUAUAGCCACCAUGUCUCCUCAGCCUACCUUAGCCACCACCACCACGCCUGCUACUGGGCCUAACGCUUCCUAUUUCCAAGCAGCUCCUGUUAGCCAAGAGACUAUCCAGCGAACGGAGGUUCUUCUCCACCUGUACGCCUACCAGCACGCCCAAGGAAAACCAAAUGCUAACCAGACUGUCAUAGUGGAUCCAAAGCUCCCUGCGUGUUUCGGUGCCCUUGCUGCUAAUGACUGGACCAUAUAUGAUGGCACUUGCACCAACGCUAACCUUGUUGCGCACGCUCAAGGUUUGCACAUUGGUGCUGGUAUGACCAAAGAAAAUUGGUUCAUUUGUUUCAACAUGGUGUUUGUGGACCAAAGGUUUAUGGGUUCCAGCUUCAAGGUGAUGGGAGAUUUUCGAGGAAACGCAGGUGAAUGGGCAAUUGUUGGUGGGACGGGAGAGUUUGCAUAUGCACAAGGUGUCAUAACCUUUAACAAGACCUGGUCGGCCCAGGCAAAUGUCAGGGAGCUUCAUGUUCGUGCUUUGUGUCUCUCCUUCUCAAAAGCACCGGAAACACCUUGCUCAAGGACACCACGACAGAGCUCUGUCACCAAGAUCGGCCCAUGGGGUAAAAUAAGUGGGGAAUUUCUUGACGUUCCCACGACACCGCAACGUCUAAAGUGUGUGACCAUCCGCCAUGGAGUUGUCAUUGAUUCACUUGCAUUUUCCUUCGUCGACCAAGCUGGUGGACAACAUAACGUUGGCCCAUGGGGUGGGCCAUGCGGGCACAACAAGGACACAAUCGAGCUUGCUCCAUCGGAGAUUGUGACAGAAGUCUCUGGAACAAUUGGUGUAUUUGGAGAAGCCAAUGUCGAGUAUAAUGCCAUAACAUCACUAACCAUUACCACAAAUGUCCGGACGUACGGGCCCUUUGGAGAACCGCAGUGUACUCGUUUCAGUGUUCCCGUGCAGGACAAUAGCAGCAUCGUGGGUUUCUUCGUGUGCGCUCGGAAAUACGUGGAGGCGCUCGGGGUUUACGUGUGUCCACCUGUUUCAAACUAGUCCCGAAGUGUUUCACACUCGGUGUGCCUUCCACCUUUCUAUGUUGUGCCAAUAAAGGAGGUUAUAUA